UAGGACAUGACUUGCCUCAUCCAUUCUGCUUGAAAAGAGACCUGGUAGAGGCACUUCAAGAACUUCUCAGUCCUGGAGGGGAGGGAUUGGGUGAAGAUACCGAUGUUUUACCCUGAGACAAGUAAAGAAGUUUUCAUUAUAAGGGACACCAGAGUGGAAGCGGGGAGACGGGGACAUGGUAAUCCACAGUGAGAUGUUGGAGACCUAGACCAGGGCAUCUGCAGAAAAGGUGAUGAGAAAUGGGCUACUUCUGGACAUGUGUUGAAGGAUUCUGCAGUUUUUAAGCAGCAGCUUGUCCUGGCACGGCUGUUACAGACGUCCUCCUCACAGGUGGAGACCAUGCUUUGUGCCCCGCACCUAUGGUAAGAAGAGCACAGCACUCUCGGCCCCACAGCUCUUUCUAAAUCUCCUGGUACCUGUGUUUAUGGAGUCUAUCCCUUCCCCCCACCCCUGAAAGUCACACAGAAAGAGUUAAGAGGAAGAUCUAUGAGGCAUGAAGCCUUCGAUCAGGGUUGGAAGAAAGUAAAAUGAAUGCAGUGAUAGCAGACUGCCACUAAGACCCAUGGACAAUGCUACACUCACACUUCUCUAUCGAACUUUAAGAUUAACUAGUAAUAUGCUACCUUUUCGAGAUGAAAAGAAACUAAUGCCAAGAAGGCAUAUUCUUCAGUAUUUGGAAUAGACGUGCUCUCAAGACCAUGGCUUCAAAGGUGUCCUGUCUCUAUGUUUUGACAGUUGUGUGCUGGGCCAGCGCUCUCUGGUACUUGAGCGUAACUCGUCCUACUUCUUCCUACUCUGGCUCCAAGCCAUUCAGCCACCUAACAGUUGCCAGGAAAAACUUCACGUUUGGCAACAUAAGAACUCGACCUAUAAACCCACAUUCUUUUGAAUUUCUUAUAAAUGAGCCCAAUAAAUGUGAGAAAAACAUUCCUUUCCUUGUUAUCCUCAUCAGCACCACCCACAAAGAAUUCGAUGCCCGCCAGGCCAUCCGAGAGACAUGGGGGGACGAGAACAGCUUUAAAGGGAUCAAGAUCGCCACGCUGUUCCUCCUGGGCAAGAACGCCGAUCCUGUUCUGAAUCAGAUGGUGGAGCAAGAGAGCCAAAUCUUCCACGACAUCAUCGUGGAGGACUUCAUCGACUCCUACCAUAACCUUACCCUCAAAACAUUGAUGGGGAUGAGAUGGGUGGCCACUUUUUGUUCGAAAGCCAAGUAUGUCAUGAAAACAGACAGUGACAUUUUUGUAAACAUGGACAAUCUUAUUUAUAAACUACUAAAACCCUCCACCAAACCAAGAAGGAGGUAUUUUACUGGCUAUGUCAUCAAUGGAGGGCCCAUCCGGGACGUCCGCAGUAAGUGGUACAUGCCCAGGGAUUUGUACCCUGACAGUAACUACCCGCCGUUCUGUUCGGGGACUGGCUAUAUCUUCUCAGCCGAUGUGGCUGAACUCAUUUACAAGACCUCACUCCACACAAGGCUGCUUCACCUGGAAGACGUCUAUGUAGGACUGUGUCUUCGCAAGCUGGGCAUUCAUCCUUUUCAGAACAGUGGCUUCAAUCACUGGAAAAUGGCCUACAGUUUGUGUAGGUACCGCCGAGUUAUCACUGUGCAUCAGAUCUCUCCGGAAGAGAUGCACAGAAUCUGGAAUGACAUGUCAAGCAAGAAGCAUCUCAGAUGUUAGGGUUUUUACCAGUGUAAAUACAUUUCUUUUUUAAGAAACGGGGCUUGGGUGUUGGUAUUUUACAGGUGUCACCAGGAGAAGUGAACUGGUGAAGGGGUUUUGUAAAAAGCGUUUUCUUCCCACUCCUAGUUCCUUUCUUGGAUUGCCAAUUUACAAGCAUUAGGCUCCGGUCAUAGAAAUAAUGCAUAAGUGAGAAGGGCCAGAUUUUAUUCUCAGGUCCUAAGGCCUUGCACUUAUCUCAAAAAGCAACUUCCUACCAACUGCUAGGAUUUCCAUACUGUGCGUCUGAGAUACAAAUCUGGUUCUGGGAAACUGAAACUCACAGUAAAUGUCUUCAUUGCAUCUCUGCAGAAGUAAAGAAAUAACUCUUUUUCAAAAACAACUCAGAAGUAAUGCACAGUUAGGAAGACACACUGGAUGCGAAUGAUUAGUAUUGUGUGUGCUGUUACAUUGAAUUUUUACAUACAUUACCACAUCAUGUGUACAGUAUCUGUGGUUCCAACAAGAAAUGAACUUACUAGUAGUACUUGCAGGGAGACUGCAGUUAAAUAAAUGGAAGUUUAAACUUAAGAAUCAAAUACUUUGUAUGUUUGGAAGAUGAUUUUGCUUG